AUGAAAAAUGCCGAUUGCUAUGUCUUUGACGAGCCUACUUCAUUUCUCGAUGUGAAGCAGAGAUUAUCUGCAGCCAAGGAAAUACGGAAUAUGGCUGAAGAUAACAAGUAUGUGCUUGUAGUUGAACACGAUCUUGCGAUCCUGGAUCUUAUGAGCGAUUAUGGAUGUGUGCUGUAUGGAAUGAGUGGUGCAUAUGGUGUGAUCACGGCUCCGCACACCAUUAAGGCAGCCAUUAACAUAUUUUUGGAUGGGUUUAUUCCUACUGAAAAUAUGAGAUUUCGAGAACAGGCACUCAAGUUUAAUAUUCAGGAGAUAGAAGAGGCAAGAAGUGACCAAAGGAAUCAGUUUGAGUAUCCUGCAGUCACAAAGACCUAUGAAGGCUUUAAGCUAAGUAUUUCGGUAGGGCAGUUUUCACAAUCUCAGAUUAUUGUGUUCCUAGGUGAGAAUGGAAUGGGAAAAAGCACUUUUGUCAAUCUGAUUGCUGGGCUGAUAGAAAACGAUGAAAAGGAAGCUUUUAUAGGGUUUUCUGUUAGUUUAAAAUCCCAGAAAAUACUUCCAAAACAAAAAGGCAUGGUUAGAGACGUUUUCAAUUCUAAGAUACGAAGCGCUUUUGCAGACCAGGGCUUUCAAACUGAGGUAGUUCGGCCGCUAGGAAUUGACUAUCUAUUAGACCAGGAAAUAACCUCACUCAGCGGGGGAGAGCUCCAGAGGAUAGCAAUAAUACUAUGUCUAGGCCAAGAAGCUGACAUUUACUUAUUUGACGAACCAUCUGCAUUCCUCGACUCUGAUCAACGAAUAUGCGUAGCUAAAAUUAUUAAAAAGUUUAUCUACAAUAAAAAGAAAACAGCAUUUGUGGUAGAACACGAUUUGAUUGUUGGGACCUAUCUUGCCGACCGGGUAGUUGUAUUUGAGGGAAUGCCAGGGAUUGAGAGCCGCGCUUCUGCACCUAUGGAUCUGGCCGAAGGCAUGAAUCUGUUCUUGAAGAGCCUUGACGUAACCUUCAGAAGAGACCCUGAAAAUUACAGGCCGAGAGUUAACAAGCCAGAGAGUGCCAAAGAUAGAGAACAGAAAGAGUCCAACACUUACUUUUUCGUUUAA